GAUAGUGCUCCGCUCGGCAACGUGGUCGGCGUUCGGGCGUUGUUGAUUUGAUACUCUCUUGAGUGCGAUUGUUGCUUUCAGUUUAGUGCGUGUUGCUACGCUCAAAAGUGAUUGACGUAAUUCAACAAAAUGAGCAUACUAAAUCGAUUUUCGCGACUCCCUCGUCUGAGCGCUUUCUAUCACAAAAAUGUCUCUCGCUUUUGCACAAAAACCGACGGUCCACCGAUACCCACGAAUGCCCUGAAGGACACGUACAGUGCCAAUGAACAAUCUGGAACCGGAGUGAUAUACGACAAAAAGCCAUUUAGAAUACACCUUCAAGCUGGCAAGAAUUACACGUGGUGUCUCUGCGGACGAAGCAGAAACCAGCCGUUCUGCGACGGCACGCACAGAGACAUUUUCCUCAAGAUAAAGCUCAGACCCAUACGUUUCACUGUUUCGGAGACUAAGGAAUAUUGGCUGUGCAACUGCAAGCAGACGUCGAACCGACCUUUCUGCGACGGCACGCACAAAAGGCCGGACAUACAGGAGACAAGAACAUAAAAGACAUGAAACUGUACUGUUGAUAUAGCAUCAUGAAUUUCGAAAUAAAGAUUACUUUUAUGAUAUGCCA